AUGCAGACUGGAGUUAUUAUAAUUUUUGUCAUCAAUAUUCUACUUAUUGAAGGGAUAAUGAUACUGACUAAGUACGAAGCGGAAGCAUCAACGAUUGAUCAAGAAUCAAAUCCUCUGUCGAUGACAAAUUUCGAUAAAUCACAGGAAAGAUUUACAGAAUUCAAAUCAUUGGAUCGUGAGGAAAACGAUAGUUCUUACGAAACUGAGAACGACAGGAAAACGGAUGAGAAAAUAAAAAAGCCAUGCUCCAUGGUGGUGUUAUCUCACAUCCAAAACCCGAGUUUGCAGUCAUUAUUGAGAAAGUAUCGAUACGAUGCAAAUGGCAUCCUGAUACCCAGUAGCGUGAAGUACUUCAUCAAGAUGCCACAAGGUUUAAAGUCCUCACCGCUCCUAGUGCCGUUAAACGACAAGUCGUAUUCACCACUGGGCAGUUUCGUAAGAUAUUACAAGGAAGUACCGCCGAUUCCGCAAGCUUGGUAA